UUUUUUUUUUCAUUUCGGUUUCUAGCGCACACGAAGGCUGCGACUCGGCUUCACACACAUACACGGCCAUUUAUCACAUUUGAAAGCCGCCAUUACAAAACACGAAACGGGAGCAGAGCGUAGACGACGAUAUUAUUAUCCACCCAACGGCGACGACAUCGAUACCAACACCAGCAAACGUCGUAAAACAGGCGCGUGUGUUCGUCGUCGUGGCAGCCCCUCGAAACCCACAAACAGACAACACACACAUACACACACGCUCGUUUCUACUCUACACACACGCAUACUAAGGCGCAGCCUCAUCGGCUCCAACCAACUCUUUCGCCCAGCCGCCGCUCCUCUCCUAACCGACAACCCAAUUCUGCCGCCCUGUCCGCUCACAGUUCGGUUUUUCGUGAUCGUGCUCUCGUUCGUGCCCGACGUCGCGACGCUGGCAGCGGCAGCGACAGCAACAGCAACAAACAUUAACAUUCAGGGACAACGACAACACGGCAACGGCGUCUGCGUCGACAUCCCUACGUUUCAGUUCUGAUUGGAGAUUCGUGCGCCGCCGUUGCUUGCACGCGGCAAUUGCUCAGCUCAGCUGUGAAUUGUGUAUUGAGUUAUUUUCAAUUCCGUUUUCAACCUAUUCACAACUGUUGCAACUCUCGCCUGACUCUGCCUUUUUGGAAUAACAAAAGAAUAACGACGAAUUAUACGAUCAAGAAUAACGGCGAAUAGCAGAAAUCCGAAAUCUGAAACAGUGCCUCAAGUGUGUGUGCUUACAGUUAUUCAGCAAAGCAAAACAAAAAUUAUCGAAAAAAAAAACGCAAAAACAAAAACAAAAUAAACUUUCCAACGCAACAACAAAUUAAAGACAACCAGCAGCGGAUUAAUACAGCUGUCAAGAAACGCUUUCUUUGAUAACCACGUCAAAAUGUUAAGGAACUAUUAAAACUAAAAAGGACGUCAAGGAUAUUUUUUAAUAUAAACAUUGCAUGCAACACAUAUGCGAACGGCAUAGGCCCAUCUACGAGCAUAUUUCCAACGCCCAAUUGACGUAACUGUAAAAUUAAAAUCCACACAAAACGGCUUCCAAAUGAAGAUGGCAUCUCAACGAUUUUGUUUGCGCUGGAAUAAUCAUCAGAGCAAUCUGUUAUCCGUCUUCGAUCAGCUGCUGCACGCUGAGACCUUCACAGAUGUGACGCUGGCCGUCGAGGGUCAAUACCUGAAGGCACACAAGAUGGUGCUAUCCGCCUGCAGUCCAUAUUUCAAUGCACUGUUUGUGAAUCAUCCGGAAAAGCAUCCGAUUGUCAUAUUGAAAGAUGUGCCCUAUUCGGAUAUGAAAUCCCUGCUGGACUUUAUGUAUCGGGGCGAGGUGUCUGUCGAUCAGGAACGCCUAACCGCCUUUUUGCGUGUCGCCGAAAGUCUGCGCAUCAAGGGCCUCACCGAGGUCAACGAUGACAAACCCACCUCAGCGGAAACCGCCCCGGCGCCGCCCCAAUUGCAGCGCAUACAGCCGUACCUGGUGCCGCAGCAGCGCAAGCAACAGUCCAAUGUGUUGGCCGCCAAUGCUGCAGCGGCCGCCUUGCAGGCAGCCACGCAACAGCAGCAGCAGCAGCAACAACAGCAGCAGCAACAACAACAGCAGCUACAGCAAACAUCGCUGCUGAGCACAGCGCUGAUGCCCAAACGCAAACGGGGCAGACCUCGCAAGCUCUCGGGCAGCUCCAAUGGCACAGGCAACGACUACGACGAAUACGAACGUGAGGGCGGUAUGAAUGAUUCCGAUAUGGGCAAUGGAAAAUUGUGUAAUGACUCCUACUCCGGCAAUGAUGAUGGCUCCGAUGACAACCAACAAGAAUCUGCUCACCACGAUGAACUGAAUGAAAGCCGCGACUCGUUGCCCACAAAGAGAUCAAAGAGCGGGAAAGAUCAGCGCAUGGCACAGCAAGACGACAACAGCACUUCCGCCACGCCUGAGCUCUCGCAGCGUUUGUUUGGUUCGACAUCCACCCAAAUCGGGACGACGACAGAGACGUCGCCAUCUGCACGGGAAUCCUGCGACAUGGGCGGCUCGGCACCCUUGCACCUGCCUACCAUAUUGGGCUUGAAGAUACGUCCUAUUAAUACCAGCAAUCAGUCACAUUCGCAGUCGCAGUCACAGUCUCAGUCACAAUCCCAGUCACAGUUACAGUUACAGUCAAAAGCGCUGCACAACAACAGCAACAGUAACAACAACAAUAGCAAUAGCAAUAGCAACUCACUGCUCAAGCAGCAGCUGCGUGGUGGCCCCAAGGAUCCGGAUACGUUGGUGUCGCUGGCGCUGCCAGCAGCCUCCAUCGAAGAGCCCAACGAGCAGGAGAACAGUUGCAGCGCGUUGCAGUCGCUGGCAAAUGCUGCAGAGCGUCAAGCGCAGCAGGCGUCCAGCAGCAACAGCGGCAACAACAACAACAACAGCAAUAGCAGUAACAACAAUAACAAUUCCAGUCUACAUCAGCAGCUGCUGCUGCACAUGGCUGCCACGGGCAAUCCGCUGCUCAAGUCGGACUUUUAUCAGGGGCAGCAAUCACAGGCGCAACAGCAACCUCUACAGCCGCCCACAACGCCGCCCCCGGCCGAGCCUAGUUAUGCGGAUGAAGAUCUCGAAUUGCUUUGUGUGGCGGAUAAGAGCGAUGAAACGGAUCAUGAGCUGUUAACGCUAGCCGACGAGAAUGCCGGCCUGCCCGGCUAUACGCCCGCACAUGAAUCCUUUGAGGAGCCGCUGCCCACCAUUGAGCGCAGUCCGCCACGAUCGCGCGCCUCCGGCACGGCCAAGCGGCCCAUCCAACGACGACGUGUGCGACGCAAGGCCCAAUCGACGAUCGACGAUCAGGCCGAGCAUCUGACGGAAAUGUCGGUGCGGGGCUUGGAUCUGUUUCGGUAUGCGAGCGUGGUUGAGGGCGUCUAUCGCUGCACCGAAUGUGCCAAGGAGAACAUGCAAAAGACCUUCAAGAACAAAUACAGUUUUCAGCGUCACGCGUUUCUCUAUCACGAAGGCAAGCACCGCAAGGUGUUCCCCUGCCCGGUGUGCUGCAAGGAGUUCUCCCGGCCGGACAAGAUGAAGAACCAUCUGAAGAUGACGCACGAGAAUUUCACGCCGCCCAAGGACAUCGGCGGGUUCAGUCCGCUCAAGUAUCUGAUCUCUGCGGCAACAGCGGGCGACAUGCACUCAACAAUCUACCAGCAACAGCAGCAACAACUCGAGCAGCAGCAACAACUCGAGCAGCAACAACAGCUCGAGCAACAGCAACAACUCGAGCAGCAGCAACAACAGUUGGAGCAGCAACAACAACAACAAUUGGAACAGGAGCAGCUGCUGUUGCUGCCUGAUGUCAAGCAGGAGCAACCGGAAACGGAACAACAGCUAACCGCCUAUUCAGCACCUGCCACGCCCACAACAGCAGCGGCCGCAAUGCUCAGUUUGCAGCAUGACGUCAUCAUCAAAAAUGAAAUACAAAUCUCGCCAUCGCCAUCGCCCUCACCGCCAGCCAUGUACGGAGUGGGGGGCGAGGGUAAAAGCCUGACGCCAGUGCCAACAGGUGUCAACUGAGAGAGGUAGGAAGAGGGAAAGUAAAAUAAUGAGAGAAAGAGAAACCGGGCGAAUGACAAUGAGAGGAAGACGAUGAGCCAGUAGAGAGGAAGAUAGAAAGACAGAGAAAGAGAAAGAGGACCGACGAGAGAGUAACAGAAAUGAGCAAGGAGAUAUAGAUGUAGAAGAGGGAGUAGCAGAUAAAGAGACAGAAGUAAGAGACUAGAAGAGAUGAGAUAAAGUGAGAGUGAGAGAAAAUAGAGCGUGCCUUAAACAAAACACACAACUGUAAAAUACUAAAAUACUUAAAGCUAAGCAAUUGUCAGAAGCAGGGGCGUAGGCAGAAAGGGGAAUCAAAGGAAUAUUUAAAAAUCAAUUAAUCAUUUAACAAUAUCAUAUACGAUAUGCAAUAUGACAUGUAUGCAUUUACUUAGGCGAGCUUUCCUAGAACAAUAUUCAGCAUACGCCCCUGGUCAGAACUCAAAACGAACUCAAACGCAUAAAAUCUAUAAUUAGAUAUAUACUAUACAAUUAUACAUAUAGAUGCAGUUAUAGUUAAUAAUUAAUACCAAUCCUUAAGGACCUUUAGUGCACAUCAGAUAGCUAAAUUUCUUUAGUUAAGCAAUAAAUAUUUACAAAAAUAGCAAUAAGCUCAACAAGGUUCCGUCCAUAAAAAAGCCUUACGAUUUAGUUAUUAAAGAUAUUAUGUACUUAAUAAUUAUUUAGUAUUAAGUCCAAAUGCAACUGAUUAACUAGUAGAAAAUUUCUUAAUAUCCACUGCCUCCUAAACAUCUAUAACUUUGAUUUAGCUCUGAUUUAAAUUAUUACAAUUGGCUUAUCUGUAUCUUAAGGCAAGUGGCAAGGCUCGACUGAAUUUACUUUGAACUCUGUUUAAACUUAUUCAUUGUGAAGAAGCUACGAGUUGAUUGCCUUAUGGUGAACGAGUGAAUUUAGUUGUUAUAGUGAAGCAAUCAUUAAUCCACUCACUAUAUAAGAUUACCGAAAGCUUUUAUUCAAGUGAACUUACCACGCCUUAAGCAGGCAGCCGAGAGUGUGCUUAAGGAGCCAACAACUAAAUUUACUCGCUUCUUUCCACUCGUUACGUUAUUUUUUGUUCUUUUCAUUUUUUGUUUAUGUCUUGUGUGAUUUUGUUGAACUGUAUUUUGUUUAGUCUCUUAUUUUUAUAUUGUUGUACAUAGUAUUACGUUCGAAUACUCAAAGACCUUAGAAUAAUGGGCAUGUGUGGUCUAUUGGUAACACAAGAAACCGCAAACCCCACUGAAUUGGCUAAUUGUGCAAUUAUCAAAAGAAAAAAAAAAACAACAAAAAUGAAAUCAUAAUGAAAAUUAUAACUAUGUGGAGUCUGGCCUGUCCAACCCAUGUAAAUGUAAACUUAAUUAACGACUACUUAAUUAUGCUCUAGCAGACUUUUUAGCUCCUAAGUGUAGUAUAUAUAUAUAUGUAGCAUAUUUUGUCUAGUUACUAUAUAGUGUAUGUAUGUAUAACUCGUUUCUAAGGCAUUCUCGAAAUGCGCAACGGACUUCCAGUGAAAAAUAACUGAUAUUCUUACUUAAGCUCAGCAAUGGAUACUAAAUCACCAACACGCUGUUACUCAGUUGAUUGCCUUAGUGUCUUACACUUCACACAAAUUGUACGCACAAAAAAGAAAAACAAAGUACUCAGCAUUUCAUAUUAUGUAUUUUUUCGAUAUAUGUAUAUACAUAUAUAUAAAUAUACAUUUACUUAAAGCAAUCAUUACGACUUAAACUGUCAGUGCGCUCAAUAAAUAGAUUUUAUACAAUUUAUAAA